UUUUGUCUUUGCUGCAGAUCUGAAAGGAUGAGUUCAACAGUGACACUUUGUAAACAUCAGACGUCUCCGUUCAUACUGGGCCUUUACAUCGUUGCAGUAUUUGUGUUGACUCUUCUACCAUUAGUUGUAAUCAUCCACACUUUGGACGGUUUAUGGUUGCAGCACAGAGACUUAUUGCCCAAACAACGGGAGAUCACAGUGCCACAAAAUGUGAUCCCCUGGUUGAACCGUAGGAACUCUCUCAUCAGACAGCUCAAAGUUCCCGAAGAAACCGUAGUGAGGAGUCUUCAAGAUGGGCCCCUGUCAUGCCGAGAUAUAGAGGCUGUAGAACUAAAAGAGCGUCUUGGACGAGGGGUGACUAAAGAUGUAUACAGAGGUGUUUACAGAGGAGAGUCAAUCGCCGUCAAGGUGGUCACUAGCAAAGUGGAGGACAUCAAAGCAUGCAUGAGACGAAAGAACUACCACAAGUUCUCAGACUGUUUUGUACACGCCAACUACAAACUAAUGAAAGAAGUGGCAUUGUCCAUGCAGCUCGAUCAUCCAAAUGUUAUCAAAAGCCUUGGAAUGUGUACCAGGAGCAAAACGGCCAUGUCUAAACAUGGCAUGAUAGCGAUAUACGAGAUUGGUGACAAGACUGCAAAUAGCGUAUUGAAGAAACUACCUUGGGACACACGAUUAGAUAUGAGUAUUGAGAUUGCAGACCUCCUUGACUACUUACAAAGAUCACCCCUUGGCUCUUUGGCUGUAUGGGACUUUAAAACACGACAGUUUGUCAUCGUAAAAGGCAAGAUCACACUGGUUGAUUUGGAUGAUUUAUCGGCGCAGGAACUUUCAUGUGAGAAGCAUACAGAUUGCAACAUCAAGGUGGACACCGACUAUGGGCGGGAAAAUAUCGUUCCCAACGACUCUGGUCUGGUACCCUGUGUCAACUCUACAUGUUAUGGCCUGAAUUCUAAAUUCAACGUAAUAAGUGCAAUGAGGGGGCUUGUUGGACAGGCUUUACUCAGCGACCCGCCACCUUUCAUAAAGUAUCGCCUGGAUAAUAUAACAAUGGCUGCUUCACAAGGACAGCUCAAUGCAAGUCAGCUGAAGGGAAGUCUGCAACAAUUGAUAAUUAAUCAAUGAUGAAAAUAAUAUGGACGACUUGACAAGAUCAAAUCAUCUUAUAGCGAGUGGUUUGCCGCCAUAAAUGUCUGGAAUUCGGACAUCAGAUCUGAAUAGUACAGUAGGCAUAUUCCAUUAGCUUCGGAUGGGACGUAAAACUGUUGGUUCCGUGUGUUGUGUAAUGCACGUAAAAGAACCAAGUGCGCUUAUUGGAAACUGCCUAACUGGCCUAGGCCUAAAUGUAAGAAACAUAUAUUUGUCUGAAAUCAGCCUGUCUGAAAUAGAU